AGCUGUCAGAUGAAAGAACACAAUCUGAUUCAUCAAAUUCCAUAAACGAUGACCAAGACAUGCUAGGCACGGUGUCCCAUUCGAAGGAAGCACCAGUUUUUGAAAAACAUUCUGCUCAAGCACUUCAAGGUGGGAAGAACCACUUGAUGGAUCUGGAAGAUGAUAUACCUGAAAAUGGCAUGAGUGGCAAUAAAAUUGAGCCUCGCCAAUUCAGCACAGAGAGAAAGCCUUGUGAAUUUGAUCUCAAUGAAGAAAUCGUUCCUGAUGAAACAGAUGUUGCUGUGGCCUCUAUGUCAACCCUUGCUCCUGUAGUGACUGUCUCACGUCCCGUAGCUGCUCCCGGGGUUCCGCCAGCAAUGGUAUCACAACUGGAAAGAACUGUUUGCUGGAAAGGAUCUGCCGCUACCAGUGCAUUUCGCCCAGCAUCACCUCAUAAACUUUCUGGUGGGGAUUUAAGAGAGAAGCAUGUUUGUCUUGGUAUUGAUCUGAAUGUGGCCGAGGGAGAAGAUGAUAAGGUUGAAGACUCAACCCCUUGGAGACAGUUUCCUUUCUCAACAAAUGCUAGGUCUACAGAGACUCUGGUGGAAGUAAAGCCCUCAGAAUCAGGCAGGUUCAACCUGGAUUUGAAUUGCAGAAACGAGGAAUAUGACGCUCCCACACGUUCAGAACUGAGGAUGGAGACAAGGCUGUUUCUAAAUCGUAAUGGCCACCAGAGCGUAUCUCCUGCCUCCUGCUCAUCAUCCCAACAAUCAGCCAAGAAAUUGAACUUUGAUUUGAACGACGGACCGCAGUUUCUCACUGAUUCUUCGUAUCAGGGACCUUACUAUGGGCAACAUCCACGUAGUACAAUCCCCCAUGAACCGGUCAUUUCCAUCUUGGGUGCCAAAGUGGAAGUCAGCAGAAAAGAUUCUCUUUCAUUCUUUCCCAAAGGAAAAUCCAUCGACCCGAAACUUGACCUAGACAUAGCAAGAACCGGAAACUCUCUGGGUUUAGCUCCCGGUUUCUCCCAUUCGCCCUCCCCUACCUUUGGCUACAACGGACAAACUGCACCUCCUGGUUUGACAUUAUCAUCGCCAUUGUAUGUACCUGGAAACUCUAUCCCGUACAUGAUGGACUCGAGAGGAGCCCCAGUGUUGCCUCGGGUUAUCGGGUCGACCCCUCAUGCACAUGCUCAACAACAUUUCUUCAUGAGCAUGCCUGAUGCAUCCACUAGUCUAAAUGGUUUCCCAAACUUUGAAGGAGGAAGCAGAGAGAUUCUGAGUUUGACACAGUUCUUGUCUCGGGGACAAAGCGG